AUGGCCGUGGAAAACUACGACAUCGUUAUUGUUGGCGCCGGACCGGUUGGCCUUUGUCUGUCGACAAGUCUCGCAAAAUGGGGUUACAAAAUCAAGCACAUUGACAACAGGCCAGAGCCUACGGCCACGGGUCGGGCAGAUGGCAUACAACCGCGCUCUCUCGAUCUCCUCCGAAACAUGGGUCUCAAACGCAAGAUCAUGGAGUACGAGCCUGCGAAAGUGUAUGAAGUUGCCUUUUGGGAUCCCUCCGCCAAGGGCAUUCAUCGAACUGGCACAUGGGCCAGUUGUCCAAAGUUCAUCGAUGCGCGAUACCCAUUCACAACUCUUUUGCACCAAGGCAUGAUCGAGCGCGUGUUCAUUGAAGAUAUUGAGAAGAACGGCGGCUCAAUACAGAGACCAUGGACCAUCACUGGAUUCGAGAACGACGGAGCAGAUCCCACCUACCCGGUCAAGGUCGAUCUUGCACAUGUCGACGACAGCACUAAGACUGAAACUGUACGAGCGAAGUACCUAUUCAGCGGAGAGGGCGCGAGGAGUUUCAUUCGCGAGAAACUAGGCGUCAACAUGAUCUACAAAGACCCAAUUGCUCACGUCUGGGGUGUUAUGGACGGUGUCGUUCGCACAAACUUCCCUGAUAUCAAGAUGAAGUGCACAAUUCACUCAGACGCAGGCUCCAUCAUGAUCAUUCCCCGCGAAAACAACAUGGUCCGUCUAUACAUCCAAGUCGCCAGCUCAACAGACGAGGAUUGGGAUCCUCGCAAAACCAUGUCAGCAGAAGAAGUUCAAGUAAAGGCCAAGAACAUUUUGAAGCCAUACGAGAUCUCCUGGGAUCGCGUGGAGUGGUAUUCUGUCUACCCAAUCGGCCAAGGUAUCGCGGAACGGUACACCCUCGACGAGCGUGUCUUCAUGGGCGGCGAUGCAUGUCACACACAUUCCCCCAAGGCUGGACAAGGCAUGAACACCGCUUUCCUAGACGCUGUGAAUUUGGCAUGGAAGAUCCAUCACGUCGAAUCUGGAUGGGCGCCACGAACUCUCCUCUCCACCUAUGAGAAGGAGCGCAAACUGAUUGCUGAGACUCUCCUCGACUUCGACGCAAAAUACGCUAAACUCUUCUCGACACGCAUACCUUCAGCAGGUGAAGUGGCAGGCGCAUCGUCCGACGCAGUUGAGGAUAACGAGUUCAUCAAGACCUUCAAAGCAUCCUGCGAAUUCACCUCCGGCUACGGCGUUGCCUACAAGCCCAACGAAGUCAACUGGGGCCCCGAACAUCCCGCCCAACACCCCUUGAUCCUCCAGUACGAAAAGGGCACAACUCAACGCACAGGUCGCAUCCUUACCGCAGCCACCGUAACCCGCGUUGUCGAUGCCAACGUCGUACAUCUUGAACAAGAGAUUCCCUUCAACGGCUCCUACCGCAUGUUCGUCUUCGGCGGUGCCCCUGAAAAGACAUCCUCGGCACUCAAGGACCUCGCCAUCCAAAUGUCCACACCCAAAUCCUUUUUCUCAAACUUCCUCUACAAGGAUCUUGCUCCCGUAGACCGCUACCAUGAGCGCCAUAACCCACAUACCUCCUUCCUCUCCCUCGCCAUCGUCUUCUCCGCACCACGGAACAAGAUCCAUAUCGAUGAGCAGCUGCCCAAUCUACUGGCACGGUAUGCAGAUCACGUUUACGCAGAUGAUGUCUGGGAUCAGCGGGUGCCGGAUGCGAAGGCGGCAGCGCACGCCAAGAUGGGAUUGGACGAGGAGAAGGGCGGUAUCGUGAUUGUGAGGCCGGAUGGCUAUGUCGGUGUGGUCGUUAAGCUUGAGGAGGGAACUGGUACCUGUGAUGCCUUGAACCAAUACUUCCAGGUCGUUACUGGUAAGAGAUUGGGAGGUGAGACGGCAAGUCUGAAUCGUUCAAUCGAUGUUGAUAUCGUCUCUGAAAACGGUGGUUUAUCGGCUGUCGAUGUUCAUACACCACAUGUACACACGAGUGAAUUGCGUCCUUUUUUGAACGACAUGCCUAAUGCAUCACGCGAUGUACUUUUCGACCGCAUCAUCACGUCUCAAAGUGGAAAUGGAAGAUCCUGA